AUGAGCUAUAGCAUGCCGUUCAAUGCUGUAUAUGAGGACGAGAAAAAAAGGCAGCUUGAUUAUAAGCGUCGGUCGCCGCUGGACAGGAUUGGUUCGGCAAUUGCCCGGCAUAGAAAGAUAGCCUUGGGCGUGUUUUGUACGCUGUUUGUGGUGUUUUGGUUUGGUUUCUCGCAGUUUACACUGUUUGCACGUAAUCCCAAGAUUGUUCUCAUAUUGGCAGUGAAUGACGGAGGCGGUGUACACAAAUGGAAGGGCGAACAAGACUGGGCUAUUGAACGGAUAUCGAUUCAGAACAAGCGCGGAUACGCGAAAAGACAUGGUUAUGGAUUAACAAUUAAAGACAUGCGUACUGCCAAACGGUAUUCUCACGAAUACCGUGAAGGAUGGCAGAAAGUGGAAGUUUUGCGCCAAACAAUGCGGGAAUUCCCGGAGGCAGAGUGGUUUUGGUGGCUGGACCCAGAAACUCUAAUUAUGGAGCCGCAACUGUCAUUGGAAGAUCAUUUGUUCAAGCGUAUGGACGCACUGUCCUACCGGGCUCUGGACGACUUCAAUCCGUUGCAACUGCCGUCAGACAUUCCGUACGUGGAUUAUUCCGAGCAGCCAGAACUCUUUAUCACACAGGAUUGUGGAGGGUUCAACCUUGGCUCGUUUUUGAUCAAAAAUUCGGAUUGGAGCAAACUACUUUUGGACGUGUGGUGGGAUCCUGUGUGCUACGAACAGAAGCACAUGAUGUGGGAACAUCGCGAGCAAGACGCGCUAGAAGCAUUGUAUGCACGUGAGCCCUGGAUUCGCGAGAAGACGGCAUUUUUACCGCUACGGAGCAUCAAUGCAUUCCCACCAGGCGCAUGUUCUGAGUUUUCUGAUGAUACUCGUUAUUUCUAUAGUGAAGAGGAACGCGAUUUUGUCGUAAACAUGGCAGGUUGUAGUUUUGGUCGUGAUUGCUGGGCCGAAAUGCAACGUUACGGAACUCUCUUAGAGACUCACAACCGUAAGUGGUGGCGGAGCUUCUUUUGA